ACUCAACCUCUCAUUCCCCGACAGACCAAGCAACGUGGUACACGGAAGAAGUACAUCUAAAUUAACAAUAUGGCGUCUGUAUUUGAAGGAACAUGGGAAGGAACACAACCCAUUGGAGAAGGCGAAGGAUUUGCUAAUUUCUGCAAAGCGAUGAAAACUGAGCAGAAACUCAUCGAUGAAUAUAGCAAGGUCACCAUGGGAAUCAAAUACGCGGUAGAUAAAGCAACAGGGAAAUGGACAGUGUCUGUAUUAGUCAAAGGAGAUGUUAUAAAAUCGACUGAAUUUGAGUUGGGAAAAGAGUUUGAAACAAAAGGUUUGGAUGGAAAAGUAUAUAAGUGCGAAACAACGAUGAAUGGUUGCGAGUCGGAAGAAUCAGCAGUCCCAACAGACGGUAGCAGUCCGGGGACAAAGACAAAACGAUCUAUAAAGGAUGACAUCAUGACUGUCAAAUCAUGGAAGGCUGACGAUGAGACAGUUUUCAUGCUAUCUACAAUGAAAAGGAAGUAGAAAUGCUAUGAGCAAAAGAAAAAUAUUGAAGAAGCUCGGCAAGCAGAAGAUCUAUCGCUGUGACUAGCGAUUAGAUGUCGGCCACAAAUAAGGAAACUGAAAGUGAAAUUAUUCAAAGAAUAUUCAAUGAACACCCGAGUAGGAAACUGUACGACAAACGAUGCAGUCAUCGGGCCGUGAAAUGAAAUAAUGAGGGGAUAUGGAACGGAUUCAUUAAAUGUUUAAAUUUCGUCAGUUUUGCUCCAACGCUUUCGUUCACAUGGCUUUCAAUGAAAUAAAAUUCGGAAAUGCA